UAUUGGAAUGACUACUCGAAACUGAGUUUAUAUGAGGCCUACCAUCAGAAACAGGUGCUAAACAAAGCCAAGAAUGUGAUCCUAUUCCUGGGCGACGGUAUGGGUAUAUCCACUAUAACACCGGCCCGUAUACUGAAGGGUCAGCUCCGGGAGCAGAGCGGAGAGGAGGCUAAGCUGACGUUUGAAGAGUUUCCAUACGUUUCCCUCAUUAAAACAUACAAUGUUGACUAUCAGGUGCCAGACAGCGCCGGUACGGCCACGGCAUUCAUGUGUGGCGUUAAGACCAACAAAGGUGUGGUGGGAGUGACGGCUCGGGUUCAGCCCAAAGAACCCAACUGUGAUGUCGUCCAACAGAAUAGUGUCUCAUCUAUACUGAAGUGGGCCUUAGAUUCCGGUAAGAGCGCCGGUGUUGUGAGCACUGCCCGCAUAACCCACGCCACACCUGCCGGUGGGUACGCAAGUGUCGCCAAUAGGGACUGGGAGGCCAGUAUGCCUGCAGAGGCUAAUACACAGCCAGAUCGGUGCAAAGAUAUAGCCAGACAACUGGUCGAGAAUGAGCCUGGUGCUAAUCUGAGUGUCAUAUUGGGCGGCGGCAGACGUUAUUUCAUACCCAAAGAACAGACUGACGGCCAGGGAGGCGGAGCGGGUCUGCGAACUGACGGCCAGAAUAUGAUCGAUAAGUGGCUGAAACUGAAGAGUGAAAGUGGUUUGCCGUCCGAUUCAUACCAAUACGUGAACACGAGAUCUAAGUUGCAGUCAAUCGACUACAAGAAAACCGAUUACCUGUUCGGUCUGUUCAAUGGCGACCACAUGGCCUACGAUCAGGAACGGGAUGUGGGACCGGAUGGUGAGCCCAGUAUUGAGGAGAUGACCGACGCGGCCAUACGGGUGCUCCAGAAGAAUGAUAAGGGGUUUGUGCUUCUGGUAGAGGGCGGACGUAUAGACCACUCACAUCACGAUAACUUCGGGGUUAUGGCGUUGUGGGAGACCAUCGCCAUGGAUAAGGCGGUGGAGAAGGCCGUGAAGUCAACCAAUUUGGAUGAGACCCUCAUUGUGGUGACGGCUGACCACUCGCACACCUUCACGAUGAAUGGUUACCCCAAGAGAGGCAACGAUAUCAGAGGUGUGGCCGGAACUGAUGAUAAUAAGGUGGGAUUCACGACACUUAUGUACGCUAAUGGACCUGGACACCAACACGAUAGGGUUGACCCUAACACUGUCGACACCACACAACUUAGGUACCGUGAUCUGUCAGCUGUUCCUAUAAGUAGUUCAAAUCAUGGCGGUGAGGAUGUUGCCCUAUACGCUGUGGGUGCGAUGUCUCACAUAUUUCAUGGCACUCAAGAGCAGCCAUAUGUGGCCCACGGGAUGGCAUUUGCCUCAUGUAUUGGU